GACCCCUGUCCUCCGUUUCUGUCCUCCUCAAGGACCGCCUGGCUGGGCAUCAGCCGAUAGGACUUCUGCUCCACAAAUGGGGAGCGGCGAUUACUUGUGAGGAGGAACUCAAAGGCCAUGAUUGACUGGCACAAUGGCACAACGCCCGGCCAGCGGGAGGAUGAGCGCAGCGCCCAGGAGAGGUCAGAGUGUGUGCUGGCUUACAUCCCUGUCGUCUACUACAGUGCUCUGUUGUGUGUUGGAGUGCCAGUGAACAUCCUGACGUUGGUGGCUCUUUACAGGCUGGUUGUGCGCACUCAGAAGGCCUUGUAUGUGUACCUCCUCGCUCUAACUGGUUCGGACAUCCUCAGCCAGCUCUUCAUCAUCUUCGUUGGCUUCCUGUUGGAAACAGCCGUGUUUCAUCGAGAUGUACCAGUGAUGCUGCUGCGGUCAGUUAGUAUGAUGGAGUUUUCUGCCAAUCACGCAUCCAUCUGGGCCACCGUUCCUCUUACUGUUGACCGGUACGUCGCUUUAUGCCAUCCACUUCUCCACCGGCAGAUCAGCUACCCAGCAAGAGCCAGACGGAUUAUUGCAGUGGUGCUUACAUUGGCACUGGCAUCCGGAGUGCCAUUCUUCUGGUGGUCAGACAUGUGGAGGGUCAGUCAUGCACCCAACAACCUGGAUACUGCCUUGAUUUGGACCCACGUGACUAUUAUUUACUUUCUUCCCUGCUGCAUCUUCCUGGUGCUAAACUCUUUGAUCAUCCUGAGGCUCCGGAAGAGACAGAGGCAGCAGAUGUGCCAAGAUGAGAGCGGGCAACAGCUCGCAGUGCCAAGCAGGCUGGGUAAAACCACAGCGAUGCUCCUGGCAGUGACUUCUGUGUUCGCUGUGUUGUGGGCGCCUCGGACCGGAGUGGUGCUCUACCAUCUCUAUGUGACGUCGGUGCACAAUGAUUGGCGGGUGCAUCUAGCGUAUGACUUAGCCAACAUGCUAGCCAUGCUAAAUACUGCUGUGAAUUUCUUUCUGUACUGUUUUGUGAGCAAACCCUUUAGAGCGGCUGUGAGGGAUGUGCUGUUGUUUCGGGGGGCACCAUUGCACCCACGUCGGCCCCUACGUCAUCAGCGCACACCUGCCAAUGCCUCUACCUCCUCUAUUUCCAGCACCAAACGCUCCCAGCGAGAGGUCACUCCACUUUCUCCCAAAAGGGCAGACAACAAGAAUCCCGUCAUUAUUUAG